GGAUGAAAGGAUCUGCUCGGGUAUGAUUACUGGCCAGUGGAACUUGCAAUUUGAGUGCCCGUUUUUGGCAUAACUCUCCUCCCUUCGCCCGCGAUUACUGUAACAGGCCUUCUUCCCCACCAAUACUCGAGUACUGAGUCUGUCAACUUUAUUGUGCUCUACUGUACCCAUCACCCACCUUCAAUAUUGUCAGGUCUCCGCACUCUGGUUCCGAUUUCAAGCGCCCGGAUCACGGGUGUUUUCUUCCACUGGUCCGAGAUACAGGGACUCCGCCAAACCCGGGAGGGCCUGAACCGGAGGGAAAAGAAGAAGAAAAAAAAGAACACUAGGUCUCUGGCUACUCUCCCUGUCUACUUAAUCUUAUGGUUAUAAGAUCGCUAGUCUAGCUACUAAAGUUAUCACCAUGCCGAAAUCCCUUAGCGAGUCGAUCGCUUCGGGCUCACCUCAAGAAUCUGGUGCUUCUUCGGUGAAGGAACCCACAGCAGGGCAGCUAUCGGCUGGGGAUGUGAGGCCGGGUGCGACUUACGCAUACCAGGACCAGCUGCAGAAGCUACCCAUCCCGGACUUGGAGAAGACAUGUCGGAACUAUCUGGAAGCUGUUAGGCCGCUGCAGACAUAUAGGGAGCAUGUGGAGACAAAGGCUGCUGUACGGGAGUUUUUGAAGACGGAUGGUCCGGAGUUGCAGGAGAGGUUGAGGAAAUAUGCCAGUAGCAAGAGUAGUUACAUUGAGCAGUUUUGGUACGAUUCUUACCUCAACUAUGAUAACCCUGUCGUUUUGAACUUGAAUCCAUUCUUUCUCUUGGAGGAUGACCCUACGCCAGCAAGGAACAAUCAAGUCACCAGGGCAGCAUCUCUCGUUGUUUCCUCUCUAUCUUUCGUAAGGGCUCUACGUAAGGAAGAGCUACCACCAGACGAAUUUCGUGGGACCCCGCUGUGCAUGUACCAAUAUCCCCGGAUUUUCAGCACAGCUCGGAUUCCCACGGAAAAUGGCUGUGUCAUGCAGUCUGACCCGGAUGCUCGUCACAUUGUUGUUAUGUGUCAUUCGCAGUUUUACUGGUUCGAUGUCUUGGAUGAUAACUCGGAUAUCAUCAUGGCCGAGAGGGAUGUCGCACAGAACCUCCAGGCUAUUGUUGAUGAUGCUGCAACCACACCGAUUCAAGAGGCUGCCAAAUCCGCCGUUGGAGUACUUUCCACUGAGAAUCGAAGAGUAUGGGCGAGUUUGAGAGAGGUUUUGACUAGAGAUGGAAUGGGAAGUGACAAUACUGAGUGCCUGAGGAUUGUCGAUACUGCCUUGUUCGUUCUUUGCCUCGAUUCAACAUCUCCUAAGAGCGGUGCUGAAUUGAGCAUGAACAUGCUUUGCGGGACUAACGUUGUUGAGAAGGGUGUGCAGAUUGGCACAUGUACCAACCGUUGGUAUGACAAACUACAAAUCAUUGUUUGCAAGAAUGGAUCUGCUGGAAUCAAUUUUGAACACACAGGUGUCGAUGGACACACUGUUCUGAGAAUGGCGAGUGAUGUCUAUACCGAUACAAUUCUUCGGUUUGCCAGAACUAUCAACGGUAAUGCUCCUAGCUUGUGGGCUUCCACCUCUCCUGACCCGAGAAAGCGUGAUCCGGCCAGCUUCGGUGACGUCUGCACAACCCCUCACAGACUUGAGUGGACUAUGGUUCCGGAACUCUCACUCGCUCUCCGCUUUGCAGAGACUAGGUUGGCCGACUUGAUUCAGCAGAACGAGUUCGAAGUUUUGGAAUUCGAACAUUACGGAAAGAAUUUUAUCACAUCCAUGGGCUUCUCACCCGAUGCAUUUGUGCAAAUGGCGUUUCAGGCGGCGUACUACGGGCUUUACGGCAGGGUUGAGAGUACUUAUGAGCCAGCUAUGACGAAGAUAUACUUGCAUGGCCGUACUGAGGCGAUCAGAACCGUUUCAACAGAAUCAGUCAAUUUUGUGCGAAAGUUUUGCGAGAAUGCACCCGCUGCUGAGAAGAUUGAAGCGCUUAAGAAGGCUUGCCAAAAGCAUACAACAAUCACGAAGGAGUGUGCGAAAGGAUUAGGCCAAGACAGACAUCUGUAUGCGUUGUUCUGCGUUUGGCAGAGAGGCCUGGAUGAGGAGCCCCAGUAUACCGAUGGCUCUCUCAAUGGUAUGAGCAGCGACGGAUACGGAUCCUCCCCGAUUGAGGGCAGUUAUGAGCAGAGCCCACCAAAUAGAGGACAUUCAAGAAUCUUCUCGGAUACCAGCUCAAUUUCUGGGUCCGCUAGAGACCAGGGACAGAAGCCUCCUCUAAAUGUCCCAAGCAUCUUCUCAGAUCCAGGAUGGGAUAAGAUUAACAACACUAUCCUAAGCACCAGUAACUGCGGUAAUCCUAGCUUGAGAUUGUUUGGGUUCGGACCUACUAGUGGCGAUGGCUUUGGCAUUGGGUAUAUUAUUAAAGGUGAUAGUAUUUCCAUUUCAGUCAGCAGCAAACACCGGCAAACAAAGCGAUUCGUAGAUACCCUUCAAAGUUACCUCUUGGAAGUGCGACACAUGCUUCGACAGACCCAGCGUCGCGCUGCUGCCUCUCCCACCAGAAUUCGGGCGAGAGAAAAUGAAGAGCCGGCUGUUGAUACAACCCGCCCACCGUUGAUGACUACGAGGAUGAAAAGCCGUUCAGGAAGGGCCGUUGAAACAACGAGACAGCCUGUUCGUGCUAGAGACGGUGAUGAAAGUGCUUCAACGACUAGUAGAGAGGAAAGCGAUGGGGAGGGGGGAAUGCUCGGCGGCUAUGGAUAUUUUGACUCCGGCAGUGUAAAGCACUUGCUUGAUAACGAAGUCCAUCGAAAGCCAGCAGAGAAGACUGCGUCAAGAAGGGUAGUUGGGAGAAAGUUGAGGUUGGGAGAGUACUAAAGGCUUGUUCCUUUCGGGUAGUCAGCGGGGGCGGAUGUAUUCUAUCGAUUGCUGUAUGACUGUUGGGUUUGUGAUAUUCGGAGUAGGGGGGUGGUGUGGGUUUUUGUUUUAUUGACGCGUUUUGUUUGCCUUGAGCGAAUUUGUCCCCUCUCCUUUGGUCAUUCGUUGCGUGUCAAGACACUUGUUAGAAAUGAAUGAUACCACUUGUUUUGGCUUCGUUUUGGCCGUGGUAGUUUUGGCAUCGGUUGAAAUAUGUAUUGCAUUAGGGCGAAAUAGUUUUCCGUUUUCUAUGGAAUGCGCAGAAGGACUUUUUAGACUA